UGUCAACAUCAACAAAGCAAAGUGUUCAAGUUGCGGAAAUCGUUCGUUUCGUAAAAGUGGAGUUUACGACAACGAAAUUAGAAAAAUAACCAUACAAAAUACAGAAUUGAGCUCAAAGUUAUAACGCAUAAUUUACUAAAAAUCGUAACAUUUGCCUACAUCCGUCGCUUGACGUAUUAAACCAAGUUUUGUAAUAGUAAACCACCGCAAUGUUUAGAAAGUGAAACCUUACGAAACGUUAAGAAAAUGGGGAAAACGAGCAAAGUUGUUAUAUGUGGGAUGAAAGGGGUUGGCAAAACCGCAGUAUUAGAACAACUUAUCUAUGGAAAUGUGAAUUUAAAGUCUUGUUUUUACCCAACUAUUGAGGAUAUUUAUGUGGCCAAUAUUGAAACUGACAGGGGGACUAAAGAAAGAGUAUGUUUCUAUGACACGGCGGGACUGGAGCCCCCGCUUACAGGCGAGUUCAAAGGACCGCCACAAUCUCCAACAAUGCAGCUGACUGCCAACCAAGUUCUGCAACGUCAUUACCUGGGCUUCGCUGAAGGGUUCGUCAUGGUGUAUGACACAACCAGACCUGAAUCACUUGAUGUGCUCAUGUAUUUGAAGAAGGAUAUUGACAGAAAUAAGGAUAAGAAGGAGGUAGUAAUGCUAGUCAUAGGCAACCGCACAGGUCCUGAUGACGUCAACAGUCUCGAAAACACAUGCUCCAAAGCUGCAAACUGGUGUGCGCGGGAAAAAAUCCGCCAUUUUGAAGUAUCUGCAAUGGAUCGACCUUCUUUGUACGAACCUUUUAUAUUUAUGACUUCGAAACUAAAUCCAGUACAAAAUAAAACAGCUUUCCCACAAUUAAGCACUUUGAGCAAGCUGACACAGAAAAAUAAUAAGAGCGAAGCCAUGUAACGGUACGUUUUUAGUCUAUGCCCUUUCUGCUAUCAACCAUGAAGGUUGGUAGCAUUAUCUGUGGUUGGAAGUGAGCUGUCAAAUUUUGGCGCGGAAUAAUAAUGGUGCUUGUAGAUUUUUUAACGCUUGAUAAAUACCAGUUUAAUGUUGUAUUGUAGCUUAAAAAGCUUGGCUUUAAUCUAAUGUAGAUAGAAAUACAAAUAUUUCGAAAGCUCUCUCUAUAAUCUCUCUAUUGGCUUACAUUCUUAUCCGAGAUUUUGAAAUUGGAGCCUAUUUUUGACAGCUUACGAACGAGUUUGGCAAUUUUAGUGUAAAUACUUCUUGAAUGUUAUGUAAGAUAGAAGGUACGGACGUAAAGCCAAGUAUACACUAGGGGACAAAUAUCCUGCGACACGUGUCGCUAACGAUGUCUUUGGUCGACCUGUCUGUUACUGUAAUUGGAUUUUCUGCCGUUGUGACUGUUUAAAAAAAAAUCACACAUGCAAGAAACUUUUGGAACGUCCUCUUUGUUGCUAUAGUAACGCUUUACCUAGACAUUAGAUAAUCAUAGGUUACACGUUGUCACCGUAUAUGACAGGCGACAUCGGCCGGCUUCGCUCGGGAUAUUUGUCCACUAGUGUAUCCUUGCCUUAAACCAAUAGUCGCAUGUCAAGCUAUGCCAAUCCAGUAUAACCUAACU